AUGGCGGAGGCUAGUAAGGGUAAGAAGGUAGUUGGUGGAUUUUCUUGCUGUGUACCAGGUUGUUUUAAUAACUCUAAGAAAGAUAAAGGUCGCCUGUCAUUUUAUGUUAUUCCGAAGGACGAAAAGCUUCGAAAAUUGUGGCUCCACAAGAUCUCCAGGCAAGGCUUUAAGCCCAAGAAUGACCGGAUUUGUGGCUAUCGAGUGUGCUCUGAGCACUUAGGAGGUACUAAAACAUACACUAACAAUGUACCUACUAUAUUUCCACUGUCUAAGUCCCAUGUUACUCCAAAAAGAGAAAUAAGAAGAGAAUUGAUUCGACAUGCUAAAAGGAUUACUGUUGGGGAAAAUAAGCAAGCAAUCGAUGAAGAAAACAUUCCCACGAACGAGACUGCUUCGACGACUGCUUCUGUUUCGAACUAUGAGGAUAAUCUACAGAAAACAGCAAUGUUAGAGGAAAAGCUGAGGGCUUUAGAUCUCGAGAGACUGCGGCUGUUGGAAAGGAUAGAGAUAGAGCGAUUUGGAGUGGAGCGAUUUUCCCUGUCUGAUUCAGAUAUGCUAUAUUACACAGGAUUAGAAAACUACAAGUUUUUCAAGGCUUUGUACGAAUUUUUGGAUGGUGACAAUGGUGCAAUCUCCAGACUUAAUUAUUGGGGUUCAAACAAUUCUUCCCAGAAUUUUCAAGAUAUUGAAAAACGCGGAAAGAAACGCUCUCUCCUUUCAGCAGAUGAAUUAUUUCUGACACUUGCUAGGUUGAGAGUCAACAUGGCUGAAAAAGUGCUAGCUGAUAAUUUCAGAAUAAGUGUAUCAGAGGUUUGCAGAAUUUUUGCCACAUAUCUUGAUUUCAUGAUCAUUCUUGACUGCACAGAAUUAUUCAUCCAAAAGCCUUCAUGCUUUAGAGCUCAAAGUGAGACAUACUCAACCUACAAGAGCCAUAAUACUGCUAAAGGGCUUGUUGGAAUUGCACCUUUUGGAGCUGUAACGUUUGUGUCUGACGUUUAUGGUGGGCAUGCCAGUGAUAAAGAGAUUGUGGAAUCAUGUGGAAUUCUGAACAGAUUGGAAGAAGGGGACUCAGUCAUGGCUGAUCGGGGAUUUGAAAUCAGAGAUUUGGUUAUGACAUAUGGCUGCACUUUGAAUAUACCCCCAUUCAUGCGUUGCAAAGCCAGGCUUGACCCAGAAGAAGAAACAGAAGCAAGAGAAAUUGCUGCUGUAAGAAUACACGUGGAAAGGGCAAUUGAACGGAUCAAGAACUAUAACAUUUUAAAUCAGAUCAUUCCCAAUUCAAUGGCAGAAGACCUUAACAAGAUAUGGAAA